AUGCGCAUCUACACCACAGAGCUCCUCGCCGCGGUCGCGUUCAUCGAAAGUCUCUCAAGAUACUCUGUCUCAGGUUCGAAGACGCUGCGGCCGGAUCUUCAUUCCAGUGAUCAUCCCAAAGACCGGGUGGGCGACGCCAGCGACGACGGCAUGUCGCAAAGCGACGACGAAGCAAAUGGCGAAGACAGGACAGGGACUCAGGAUGUGCACAGUCUCCUUGCGGUGGUUGAACGGGCGCAAAAGCGGACAUACGACCAUGAAAUUCCCGACUUUGAUGCUCAGGGUUGGGAUCGAUUCGUGCUUGGACAAGCGGAAGAUCAGGUACACGACCAAAUUAUCCCCACGCUUGCUGCUCAAGAUCGGGAUCAUGUCGCACUUGGACGAGCGGAAGAGCUGAUGCACGUCCAUGAUAUCCCCUCCGGUGGUGCUCAAGGUUGGGAUCGACUCAGACACGCACACGAUGCACCAGAGCGUCUUGAGUCGAGCGGAACCGUGGCGACACCAGUGCUUGAUCUGCCUUCGCUCGCGGAAAAAGAGCAGGCACCUGUCGUGGCUUCUCGAUCGGAAGCAGACAGUACGAGGGUCAACGAGCAUUCGCCUGGUGUGGCUUCUCGAUUGGAAGCAGACAGUACCAGGAUCAAUGAGGAACCGAUUGCUAAGGCAACUCAAUCGGAAGUAAAAAGGAAGAGGGCCAUCGAGCAUGCGCUUGCUGUGGCUUCUCAACCUAUCGACAAGCGUACGAGUAUCAUCGAGCAACUGCAACAGAAAACGGAUGAGAACCUUUUGAGCGCAGACGAGUGGAACUCCUUGAAGGAGAAGAAAACACAGGAUUGGACAGCAGAACAGCUGAUGCACGAGCUGGUAGAGGUGUAUUGUGCCAAAGCUGAUGGCUUAACCAAACUCGCGUCUGCUUUGCUAAAAGCUAAGGUGGCUAGUCGUAAUGACGGAGAGAUAUUCACAGCUUUGGAGGCGGCGAUGUUAGAAGCCUGGAAGAACCGCGGCAUCACGUUCGACCAAUCUUCCGACCUUCUAAACUUCUCCAACCUGAAGGAAGAAAAAGACAUGACGGACCGGUUGCGACUGCUUGAACGAUACAAAUUUGUUUCCCAUAACGGUCGUCGCGGCCCAGUACGUAAUGUAUAUUUGCACUUACUCGGCAAGCUCGAGAGCAAAGACAACGAUAAAUAUCUACGGACGAUAGCGCAAAUGGGGGAGGAGUCUACAAUUGCGAAAGGGAUGCUAAUGUAUUACUUAGGCCGUCGCUGUUUCAAAGGCUUGACCUACGCCUCGAUGAUUGAACGCAUGUGCGCUGCGGAAAUAAGUGAAUCCAUGAUUCAGCGUCUGCCAAAUGAAGCACACAAGUUUGCACAAGCUCAAGAAAAGAACGACCGCAAGGUUCGAUGGGAAAAAAUUGCGGAAGGGUUGGAGACGGCGCUGAAAGAAGACCCGAAUAAAGUUGUUAACAAGGCUCUGGUAGAGUCAAAGUCGUCCAGCAACCCGAGCGCGAACAAUUCAAAGAGGAAGGAAGGCGCUUUUCCGACUUACGAGGCUGCGCUAGCGUCACCAAAGGAAGACCCGAAACGCCGAAAGACCGCGGGACCUUCCAUUCGGCGUUAG